GUCAACACACAUCUGACGUGUACACAACGGAUCCUCCAUUUCGCAAAAUAAAGCUUUCAAUAUUGAUGAGAAAAGAAAGAAAGUUUAAAAUGAUGUUACUGUAUUGAUAUUUUUUUCAAACAUGACAAGUAAGUCACCUAAUACACUUAUUUCACCCAAAACAAGAAGAUUUGGUAUACGUAAAUCUCCACGUCUAACAGAAUUUGAGAAUGUAAGAGAAAAUUCUGAAAAUCCGAAAUACGAUGAAAAAGUUAGCAGAUACAAUAUCACGUCAAUUGAACUUGAUAACAGUUUUAUACAUGAUAACCCGUCCGAUAACAACACAUAUGCAACAGAAGACACUAUUGAUAAAUGCAUAGCAAAUAUCAAUCAUGACAACAAAAUACAUCGCCAUGUCAAGGCUGAAAAACUACCAUCGCCAAGACAAACAGUAAGACGUAAAAUAUCUUUCGAUGGUUCAGAAAAUCUAGAAACCGUUCGAGAUAGUGAAUUGAUUUCAGAUGAAGUGAAAGAAGCAGAAAUACCCAGACGAAAAAAAUUACGCAGCGAAAUGACAGAUGAUGAAUUAUGGGAGGGGUUUCCACAAAAUAUUAGGUUUAAAAGACUAACACCACAAAAAUGUACGCUUGGUAAAUUAUCAGCUGAACAGAACGAAAUCGCAACAAUCAAUGAUGAAGCCGAUUGUACAAUAAAAUCAGAAACGGUAGAUGAAAUGGGGAUCAAAUCGGGCCUAAAAACGUCAACGCCAGUGAAAUCUAGAGCAAUUGUUAAUAUAUUUGCUGAUUUUCCUAAAGUGGUUCAUGAAAAUAACACGAGUUCUUUAAAGAAUCUUGACCUCAAUUCGAGCCCAAAACGACACUGCCCUCUUACUACACCCACUAAAAGAAGCGCUAGAUUACAAGAACGUCGAGAGAGUCCAUUAUUAAAGAACGACCAAGACUUCCUUUUGAAAUCUUAUACAAAAGACUUGUACACUGGUAAUAAUCAAACAAAACAGAAAAACAAAAUUUAUCCCAAAAAGCUGGUUCAAGAAGCUAAUAAGGACGAUGUGAUUCCAACCCCCGAUACACAUAAUGCAAAUGAUAACGAAGCAAUGAAAAUACUUUAUAGAGAUGUGAUUUCAAAGGAACACCAAGAAAAUAAUUGUGAAACCACUAGCAUGAAAAACAAAGUUGUUGACAGUGAGACAGAAAGCAUUUCAAUACCUGAAAUAUUGCAGAAGUCUAAAGAGUACUGGAAUACGGAGAAGGCAAACAUUGGAAAUAACUUGGAUUCAUCUGUAAGCAGUAAUGAUAGUAUUGAGGAAAUAAACAAUGAUAUAUACACGGAAACAGAGACUGGUUUUAGUUAUCCAAAUGACAAUAAUGAAAAAACAAACACCAAAGCUGGUGAUUGUAGGAAUUCUUCAAUAAACUCCAAAUCAACUUCUUUGCAUAAUUUACAAGACAAAUGUCCAGACAGAAAAGAAACACCACAAAUUUCAGUACAGUCCUCUUGUGAAUCUUUGAGAAAAGACAAUUCAAAAACACCUUAUGAAAGAGCUGCACUAAAAUUAAGAAUCAGGAAAGUGAAUGACGGGGCUGAGGUUGUAUAUUCUGGUAACAAAGACGAUCACGCAUAUGUACUGAAUACGACAAGGAGCAACAAAGGAAGGAACACAUCACAUGAAGCAAGGUCAAAACGGAAGAGGUUCUUAUAUAGCGACACGGGAGAGUCAUCUGUGAAGAGAAGAAGUCACAGAGUAGCCAAUGCCUCUACAGUUGGAAAAGGUCCCGGUAUGGCAGAAAUGGAAACCCAAGAGGAAUUGGAAAGGACAAAGUCGGAACAGUGUAGUCCGUUAACAAAACCAGAGAAAACGAAGAAAAAGAACGUUCCAGAAGAUGAACAGCUAUUAAAAAAUAAUCGAGUAGGAAAAUACGCAUGUAUACUGUGGUCGAGUGAACACAGACGCCAUUUUCAGCAGCUUCAUAGUGGUUCGUCUACAGAAGAGGUAGACAAUUUGAUGCGUAAAGCUUGGGAAGAUCUGGAAGACAGAGAUAAAUUAAGAUACUUCACAAGGGCCAAAAACGCAAUGAAAGAUGAAAACAAACAUUCAAAUCAAUUUGCAACAGACCUAGCAGAAGAAGAUAGGCUUCCAUGUCCAGCAAUGGUCAGGUUUCUGUCCCUUUCCUCAUUAGAUCAAGACGACGAACUUAAACGUUGGCUCAAAUUCUUUUACGAAGUUUCACCAAAUGAGUAUGCAAAAUUAAAAACCUUGGAAAAGCCAAAGCAGAGGAAAGAGGAACUUAAAUCUAAACAAAACAAGGACCCGCUUCAGUAUUACAGGAGGAUUCUAUAUCAAAGCAUUCUAGACUCAAAAGACAAAAUUAAAGAGAUAUAUGAACGCAAAAGGCAAAGACAACAAGAAAUUCUGAAAGAAUCUUUUGGUGCUAUUGUAAAGCGACUCAUAACAGGGAAUUCAGCAGACGACAUGAAAUUUUCACGAGAUGUAGUUUCCAAGAAGUUGGCAGAAGUUCUUUUUGAUUUGCAAUAUCUUGAGAAAGAACGUCGAGUUGGUGUCUCUGGUGCUCCAGUUCAAUCAGAAAGCUUUGAAAACUUGGUAAAUAACUUGAAAGCAGACGAUAGGACAGACAACAGAACAAUAUGUGAACCGGCAAUGGACGCAGAAAAGGAAUAUGCAAAUGAGAAAUGUGAUGUUACUAAUCUAGAUGAGGUGAAUGACAAUGAAAACGAUUUUUCACAGGAUCUACUUGAUAAGAUUGCAGAUAAAGAUUUGCCCCUUUUGGAAGUGGAUUCUCUACAGGAUGUUUUAGAACCGACCGAGCCAGAUGACGAGGAGAUGUUUUCAGAUGAAAUAUUCGAACAGUUGUCUACAAUAUUUGAACAACACGCAAGAAAGGAAUUGAUAAUAAACGACGAGAAAACUGAGAUACGUAACCCUGCAAGCGUUCUCAACAACUGGGUGUUAGCUGAUCAAUUUAGGUCGCUGGCUAGAGGCGUCAAUAACAAUUCUAUGUACUCUCUUAUAGACAGAAAGCAAUUGUUACCAUUCCUUCAUGCAAGAGAGAGGGCAAAGUGUUACAUGGGCAUUAAUAAACCACAAAGUAUCUCGCCCAACUCCUCAAAACCAAAAGCAGAACGCGAACGAUACCAGGCUAAAAUCGAUCGGCUAAAUUUCCAGAAACAAACGGUUAUACACACUUGCCCAACUGGCCAAGCUAUACAAAUGGUUGGAACUCCGAGAUAUGGAUUACAAGUUCCACAAGUAAGACCAGCGAUUCAAAUGGCAUCACCACACAGUCUUAUACGUCGGGCAACAUUGCCACAAACAUUCGUCAAAUACACUUCACAACCUCUUGGUCGCUAUCGUGUCUUCUCUGUAAGACAAACGAAUUGAUGACUGCUAUGCUCUAAGGACAACUAACUGUGCAUAAAACAAACAUGUCUUUCUAAACCAAAAGUCUGUGAUAUUUCUCCUUUUCUUUUUUUAAUAUAUAUACAUGUACAUGUAAAUCUGUAUUGUUAAGAUUUAACUGACAUAUUGAAAUAUAAUGUCAUACUGAAUUAUUUUCAAGGACAACUAACUCGCUCUGAAGCAUCUAAUGCUUUCCAUGGUAGAGCGCUUCUGUAAGAAAAUUUCAUUUUGCUUUUUUUGUCAGAUUAUAUAAUAAUGGAUGUCAGAAGAUCUGAUGAAAAUAUACGGGUUUCUGUAAGAUGAAAUGAAUGGUAAUAUUUAUUUUUGCUUCUGUAUAGUUGUCUUUCGGCUAUACAACAUUUACUUCUGACGUAUCAUAAAUAAUCUCUUUGGCAUAAAGCAUUUAAUGUUUUGGUUUUGGGCACCUUAAUUCUUAUUGUUUUAUAAUCUAUAGAAUUUAUUUGAUAUUUAUAAAGUGAACACAUUGAUGUCACGAAUUGAGUUUGAAUAAAUAUCAUAAAUUCAGAUGGUUUACGUCUACAAGUCGAUUAAUGGUUAACAAACAACAUGAAAGAAAAAUCUAAAAACAUUAUCUGUGGAUAACGUUUGCUCAAGGCUUAUGUUUUGAAACUUAUUUAAAAAAAAAUCACAAUAUUUAUUAGCAAGUAAAUAAAAUUAUAAUGAAUUGAAAUAUGCUCAUGUCAUUUUUUUCAUUGUUUCAUACUUCUGAUAUCGUGGUAUUGUUGACAAAUGACAUGUAGUAGAGCCUAUUCUUACUUAGCUUGUUUAUGCCAAUCGCUGCAAAUUAUAUAAUAUUAUAAAGCCGGUUCUUCCGUGUGUCUAAAUUUGUUGUUAUCUUUAAAUAAUUAUUGUCUCCAUAUUUUGUUGGG